AAGAGUUAAUCUGGAAAAGAAAAGAAAAAUAACGAAGAUUCUUAUCCGAAGCUACAAGCCAGAGCUCCUGCUAUUUCUUUCCGUCUCUCUCUUCUUUGACUUUUUCCAGUUUCAGUUUCUCUUGACAGAUCAUCAGAUUUGGCUCAUAUUCACGUGCUGAGAUUUCAGAUUCCGGAAAGAUCUGGCUAUUGAUUGAGACAGUGAAACACUAAAAUGGACUACCGUGGAAAUUAUAGAAUAACGUUUAGUGGAAUCUUGGUUGCUUUUAUUGAAUUAGCAUUUGCAUAUUGUCUAUUAUGUGUAUCAGCUUUGGGUUUUAUUGCAUCCAAGUUCUUACUCUAUUUGCCUUGUCCCUCUUCUGGUAUUCUUGGGUACCAAUACGUCCAUAAACUUCUCUUUGACUUGCCAUUCGAGAUCAUACUCAGAAUCCAAAAGUUGGCCAUUACCAGUAGAGCAACCGUUUGGCAUCAUCAAGACCAUGAAGAGACGAAGAGCUCAGUUUGUAAAGAUGAGAACUUGGAAUUGAUGAAUAAGGUGAGAUUGCUUGAAGAAGCUGUCGAGGAAGAGAGAUCUGCUCGAUCUGCUUUAAUCGUGGAAUUGGAGGAAGAAAGAGCAGCUUCAGCGUCAGCAGCUGAUGAAGCUAUGGCUAUGAUUCAGAGGUUACAAGCUGAUAAAGCUUCACUUGAAAUGGAAGGAAAGCAGUAUGAGAGAAUGAUUGAGGAGAAAUUUGCAUAUGAUGAGGAAGAGAUGAAUAUUCUCAAGGAGAUUUUAUUCAAAAGGGAGAGAGAGAAGCACUUUCUUGAGAAGGAACUUGAGAUUUACAAGCACAUUAAUGAUGAUGAUGAUGAUGAUCCAGAAUCGAUUGUGUAUGAUGUUCACGUCAUUGAGGAUGAUAGUAAUACUAAGAUGAAAGAUGUUGAUGCAGCAGAACACAAAGUGAGAGACAAGGAUGAUCCGGUGAAGCAAAUGGAUGAUUUAUUGAAAGAUCAUGAUUCAUCAUCAGAACCUUUAUAAUAAGGUUCUUUUGUUGGUUGUAAUAUCUUUGCUUUCUUGUUGACACUGUUUUCUGCAAUGUGGAUCGUUAGAUUUUGUGUAACAUUGUGAAUAUCAAUGUAGAACUUUGUGACAUCAGUAAACGCAUCAAAUGAUAUUAAGAUCGCUU